UAUAUGUAGAGUAGAAGAUAAUAGAUAGGUUAGGAACUUGAAGAUCUAGCAGUACAUGUAUAUAUAGGUGGGGUGGGUGGCGUGGCGUUGAUAUAUAUACAUAAAAAGGAAGGAUGGGAAGGUCACCAUGCUGUGAGAAUGUGGGGUUGAAGAGAGGGACAUGGACACCUGAAGAAGAUCAAAAGCUUUUGGCAUACAUUGAAGAACAUGGUCAUGGAAGCUGGCCUGCCUUGCCUGCAAAAGCAGGGUUGCAAAGGUGUGGGAAGAGCUGUAGACUGAGGUGGACAAAUUAUCUGAGACCUGAUAUCAAGAGAGGCAAGUUCAGCUUGCAGGAAGAACAGUCCAUCAUCCAACUCCAUGCUCUUCUUGGCAACAGAUGGUCUGCCAUAGCAACUCACUUGCCCAAGAGAACGGACAAUGAGAUCAAAAACUAUUGGAAUUCACAUCUCAAGAAAAGAUUAACCAAAAUGGGUAUCGAUCCGGUGACUCAUAAGCCCAAGACUGACUCCCUCAACCCUGGCCAACUAAAAGUUGCUGCCACCCUCAGCCACAUUGCUCAGUGGGAGAGCGCUCGACUUGAAGCCGAGGCCAGAGCCACUAGAAUCGUCCGAGAAUCCACCCUCCUCAGAUCCUUCUGUUCUUCUUCAGCUCAACUUAUCCUUAACAAAGCUAAUGCUCUGCCACCACUACCACCACCACCACUACCGCUACAGCCCCUAUGUCUGGAUGUAUUGACAGCAUGUAAAGGGGCAUGGCUAACGACACUACUCAAAGAAAAUGGUUCCACCAUCACUGGAACUCUAGAGGCGCCGACAUCAACGUUGAAUUUCUCGGAUAAACAACUUUUGAUCCCUAACUUGGGAAAAUCAAACAACAGCAUUGGAGAAGUCAAAGAAAGUAUGGAGAACACAGUUCUAGUUCCGAAUUUCAUGGAAGGGCUUACAGAUCUGUUGAUUGAAAAUAGCCAUGACCACCUUGAUCACGACCUUAACUAUUUCGAAGAGAACAAUAAUUAUUGGAAUAACAUAUUGAAUUUGGUCAACUCUACUUCUCCAUCAAUUGGUUCGCCAGUGUCUUAAAUGAUGAGCAACAAUGAUUAAUGGUAAUUAGUUGUGUGUGAGCCGAAUUCUCUAUUUUAAAAUCUCUGUUUAUUAAUUUCUAAUUAAAUGUACAAUUAUGAGAAUUAUUGUAGACCUAAUAAUCUUAUUCUAGUACUUCCAGACA